GUAGCACUUGCGCAAAGAAACAUAACAUGGCUACACGUGGAAUCAGCUUUGGCUUCUUAAUGACAAAUUUUUGAUUAAUUAAAAUGAAAAUAACAACCAAUGAUCUACCAUCAUGAUCAAGCAGCUACCAGCCAGUGUUCAAUCCUACAUUCGGUCUGGUGUAGCAAUAACAAGUGUCACUCAGUGUGUUGAAGAAUUACUCCUCAAUGCUGUUGACGCUGGUGCUAAGUGUAUUGCUGUUCGGGUAGACUUAUCCUGUUUUCGCAUCCAGGUUGUGGACAAUGGAUGUGGGAUUGCUGUCGAAGAGCUUGAUAAAGUUGGACAAAGGUAUUCAACAAGUAAAUGUCAAGGUAUUGAAGAUUUGGAUUCUCUGAAUUAUUUUGGAUACAGAGGAGAGGCUUUGGCCAGUCUCUGUAACAUUUCUUCAUUACUAGAGAUUAACACUCGAACGCAGCUCUCAGCUCAAACCUAUAGUAAGAUUUUCCAACAUGGGAAGCCUUUACCUACCAUAGAAUCAAAGAAUCCUCGCCCUAGUCCAGGAACCACUCUUACACUGCAUAAUUUGUUCUACAACCUUCCUGUAAGGCAAAAAUCAAUUAGGUUGAGUUUAGAGCUUGAAAAUAUUUGUCAUCGUGUUGAAGCCUUGGCAUUGUUGCAGCCAAAAUUAUCAAUAACUCUUCGUAAUGAUGUCACUGGUUCUGUUAUGCUACAAACACACAAAACUAGUAGUUUGUUAAAUACAUUCUCUUACCUUUUUGGUCACACCAAAUCAGAAGGUCUCUGUGAAGUUUCGCACAGUUCUGGCUAUUUUUCACUUAGUGGCUAUAUAGGACGAGACAACCAUUAUAGGAAAGAUAUCCAGUUUAUAUACAUCAACAAACGCCUUGUGCUAAAUACAAAGAUACAUAAAGUAAUAAAUAAUAUUCUUAAAAAGUCUUUGAUUAUUAAACAAAAGCUAACUUUGGAGAAUAGUGAAAAGGUAAGCCCUUCUAAACUUUCUAAAAAAUAUCCAAUUUUUUUGUUGAACAUUAAGUGUCCUCUUAAUGUGUACGAUAUAACUUUUGACCCACGCAAGACCAUGGUUGAAUUUAUUGAAAUGGAAAAUCUGUUGCAAGCUGUGGAGGAAAUGUGCUGGAAUUUUUUAAGAAAAGAAAAUCUUAUGACUGUUGACUCUCUAGCUUUGGAAUUAAAGAAAGAAUCUAAGUUUCAAUUAAAUGGUAGCCAAUCUCCUUUAGACUCUAUGAUCAGAGAUCCAGAUAAAGAGAUUGAUGAUAAUAUUGAAGACCAACUGUAUGAUAAUGUGAAAUCUCGGGCUCUCAAGUCCCUACCGAUUAAACGUAAUCUCUUUAAAACUAAAUUGGAUGAACAGGUUGACGAUCUUAAUAUUGAUGAUAGUGAUAUCCCUUCGAAGUUUUCUAAGAAGAACUAUGACAAAGAAGAUAUUGAUAAUUGUCUGGAUGUUUCAACUGAAAGCCAGGUACAGUAUAAUUCUGCAGAUUCCAAUGAGAAUGAAUCUUUAACAGAAGGUAUAGAUGAGUCUUUAACAGAAAAUAUUGAUACACCUGUUAUUAAAUCACCUGUUGGUUCCAGCAAAUCAUUUGGUUCUUGCACAAAAUUGUUAACUGAAUCUAUAAGCAUUUUCACUGAAACCCCUAGCACUGUGGAAGAAGAUUCAGUUUCAUGUGAGAGAUCCAAAUGUGUUGAAGACACAAAGAGAAACAUUUUGGCCCAGAGAAAAAUGGUUGCUAAUUCCAUUGUAAAUGAAAGAAUUCUUAAAUGCAAAACAAGCAGGUCAAAGAUGACACUUCCAUCAGCUUUCCGUAUAAAAAAAAAUUACCCAACUAGAGCUCCUUCUGAAAUGAAAGCUUCCACUCGAUCUAUCUUAGAUCAGUUUAGGUCUUCCAGUUCAUCUCGACAAUUUUCUUUAGCUGGAACAAAAAAAUCUUCAGAUCUAAUUAGUGAAAGUCUGAAUUCCUCAGAUAUUUCAAAAACCUUAAGUUUUGAGUCAAAAACUGGACCCGCUCGUGAAAGCAGUAAAACCUUAUCAAAUAAGAUGAGUGAGAACGAAAUAUUUUGUCAUGAGCAUUUUUCAGGUGAUUCUACAGCACCAAAACAUGAAGUGGUGGCUGACACUCAUCAGUCAAUAUCAUCAAAGCUUGCUAAUUUAUUGAAAAAGAAAUCUGGAGAUAAAAUGCAGGUUAGUGGAAAUAUAAAGGACAGAGUUUUAAAUGAAGAAGCAGAAAAUUUAUCAGCCAUUAAAGACAAGCAGUCUAUAGACUUACUUGAGAAACCUAAAGAAAUACCAGUAUUGAAUAACCAUUUGAUUAUGCCAGAAAAUUUCCCUUAUGUGAAAGAUGAUGGUAUUAGCUUACUGAGGGAGUCUGAGACAAAAUAUACUUCACUUAAGAAAAAUCAUGAUGAUGUUCUGUUAAAUGAUAAAAUAUCUGGUGAUGCUUUAAUUCAAAAUGAAUGUUGUCGUAAGUUUGGUGAGCAUAGAUUUCUUACUUCUUCAUCUUUCCUUCAAACUUACAGAAAGAAUGAAAAAAAUGAUGCAAAAUCUAAUCUGCAGAUUUCAAAAGACUUUCAUGGGUUACAAUGUCAAAACUUUAACCUAAAUACCUAUUCUAAAGAAGAAAUUCUCUCUGCAAAUAAAUCUCACACUUCAUCUGAUGGUUCCAGAAAGAUUGGUUUUGAUUUGCCUAGUUUCUCAAAGAUUCAUGAAACUCCUAUUUCAACUAUUACUGAUAGCUUUCAAGAACAUGACAUUCCUUCAAAUCACAACUGUUUCAAAUGUAAUAGAUCUGAUAGUAAAUACGAAGACAGAAUGGAAAAUUCUUUUGUUUUUAAUUUUGAUGCUGAAAGUAAGUCUGAUGAUGCUAGUUUGUCAACAACACAAGAUUUUGAUACUGUAGAUAUAACUAAUUCUAGUUUAUGUUUAAGUUCUCGCCUGCAUUCUAAAGCAUCAACUUGCACUGAUUAUUUCUUUGAAGUACAAUAUGAACAACCAUCCAGUUUGAAGAAUGCUGCUUCUAGUUAUCAUAGAAAUAAUUCUGAAUCAUCCCAAACUGUGCAUAAUCCCAGAAGCUUACAUGUAAUAAAUCCAGAGAGUUUUUCACCAUGCAAGCUGUUUCCUGAAGGACUGAGCAAUAUAAACACUCAGAGAUUUUCAAUGUUCCAAGAUGCGUUAGAAAGUAAACUUGGAGAUAGAAUUCUGACUGAAAGUCUGUAUGUUGAUGGAACAUCAUCCUCCAAGAUGGAAAAUGCAGAUUCCUUUAAUUUUGCACAUCCAUCUCAUUCCUGCACAAAACCACAUAAAACUCCAAAGUGCUUUGAUAUUUUGACAAGUAAGACUGAAAAUUUUUUGCCAUGUAUUUCUGAGGAAGUGGAAGAAGUAAGCUUUGAGAAUACUUCUAACUGUUCACCUUUACAUAAUAACUCAUCUGAGAUAUUAUGUAAAAGCUAUAAUAUUUUGCCUCAAAGGAGAAUAAAUGAUAUUAGAGAAGAAAAAUUGGAUGGAUUCAGAGCUCCAUGUAAUCUACUUGAAAAUAAGACUAUGGAAUAUAUUCCAUUCAAUGUAUUAUUAUCAAAUAAUUAUGGGAGUGAUGAUGAUGAAGAGGAAGACGGUACCAAAUCUACUGUAGUACAUUGUGAAAGUUCAUCAAAAUGUGAGCUUUCUAAUAAUCAAGGAAAUGGCAAUCCUAAAACAGAAGACUUAAACAAAUAUAUUAAGCAAGUUGCCAUUAAUGAAUCUGAGAAAAGUAGAAAUAUUACAGAUACUUUUAAUUCUAAUCAUUUAGAUUCAAAUGAAAGAAAUAUGUCCAAACACUAUCUGUUAGAGACUAAUACAGAGUUUUCUGAAUGUCCCAAACAUCAUAAUGCAUCUGAAGAAUCAAUUCCUUCACCAAAACCAGAAUCAUCUACUUCUGAUACUCCAGGGUAUUUAGAACCAUUUCAUACAAACCUUAAUUCUAAAUCACAAGUUCAGUCACACUUAAAUUCUUUGACUGGUUCUAUUUCCUCAAAAAAUUUAAACAUUACUCAUUGCAAUGAAAGCAGUUUUGAAAGGCAAACUAUUAAAUAUGAUGGCAACAUUGAUAAAGAGCAAUCAUUGAUUAAAGAAAAUGAAUUGAUUAAAUCUUCUUCAGAGAAUUGCGAUGUUGCAUUGCAUUUGAGUGAAAGGAAAAAAUUUGAUCAAUGUCCAGUUAUUAGAAGCUGUUCUUCUCUUUCACAGCAUAGUCAUAUUGCAACUACUAGAAAUAAAGGUCAAAAGGAAGACUGUGGUAUUGUUGUUGAUAAUGGUCAGUUAAAUGAUAACACUUGCAAUCGCAGAAGUCAACAGCAGGUGGAGAAAAGGCUAAGUAGUUAUCAGGAGAAGCCAUGUCAACAGAAUGUUCACUAUUUCAAUGAUGAAGAUCAAAUUGAAAAUUAUCCUGUACGUGGUAGUUACAUGACUGUAGACAAUGGUCAAACAGUAGGUAACCCUGACAAUCAUCCACUACAUGACCACUAUAUAAAUACAAGCAGUCGUCAAGCAGUAGAUAACUAUGACACUUAUCAACUGCAUGACAACUGUAUGAAUGAAGGUUGUACGGAAGCAGUAGAUAAUUGCAGCAGUUAUGAAUCACAUGACAUCUGUAUAAAUGCAGGCAGUAGUAAUGCAGUAGAUAAUGGCAAUACUCAUCCACUGCGUGACCGCUGUAUAAAUACAGAUAGCUGUGAAGCAGUAGAUAAUUGCAACAGUUAUAAACCACAUGACCUCUGUAUAAAUGCAGGCAGUAGUGAUGCAGUAGAUAAUGGCAAUACUCAUCCACUGCGUGACCGCUGUAUAAAUACAGACAGCUAUGAAGCAGUAGAUAAAUGUAGUGAUGCUGAAAGCCAAAAUAAGAGAGACGGUUCCCAAGACAGAGCUACUUUGCUUGAUAGAAUCUCCAUUUCCACCAAUAUAGAGAAAUCAAAUAUUUCUGCUUCAAAGAAUAAAAAUUCCCUAGAAUUCUUCUCUGAGUGUGAUUUAGCUACCAGAUGUGAUGAUCUGCUCUCAGUGAGGCAGACUGAUGCAUUAAAUUCAGUAAUGUCUCAAAAUUUUGACUCUGAUACAUCUGCAUCUCCAGAUCUAACAACAAAUAAUAUGCUGCUGUAUGAUAAUUCUCCCGAAGCACCUAGUACCUCAAUGGACAUGGAACAAAAUUUUGCUGUUAAAAUCCGUGAUUCUGAUGAUGACAAAAUUACUGAAGUGGAUUAUACAAAUUCUACCAAAGAAAGUGAUCCUAUUAUUGAACUGUGGAACAUCUGGAAGAACCCUGUGUUUCGUCAAGCUGAAAAGGAAAUUCUUAAUACAUGGAUUAACAAUUUCAAAGGUGCUAAACAUCACCGUGUAACCCACCAGUGCCAGUUUACCAAAACUAUGCUGUCUCAGCUUGAGGCUGUUGGUCAAGUGGAUAAAAAAUUCAUUGCCUGCAUUGUUCGUUCUGGGACCUGUCCAACAACAACACCUGACCAUCUGAUUAUAGUUGACCAACAUGCUGCCCAUGAGCGAGUCCGUUUGGAGCAACUAACAGAAGAAAUGUACCAAACCGAAGACACUAAUGGUGAUACUCCCAGAAGAAUAAGUUACUCGAAUAUAGUUCCACCUUUAGUUUUAUCAUUUUCUGACCGUGAAAUGAGAAUGAUUCAGUCUUUCUUUCCUGAGUUUCUCAAAAUUGGCAUAGGGUUGACCAUGUCAACAGGAGAUAACAGUAUUGAAGUUCACACAGCACCAUCCUGUAUUGUAACUCGGGAAGCAAGUGAGAGGAAGUACAAUCGUCGCUCUGUCAUUGAAGAGCUGCUGCAGACUUUAAUCAAAGAACAAAUUGAACUUCUCCAAGAUACACAUGGUUCCAGAGGAUCACUACCAAAAACUAUUCAUAAUGUUCUAUGUUCUCAAGCCUGUCACACUGCCAUUAAAUUUGGUACGGUCUUAACACUGAAGGAAUGUAAGGAUUUGAUGCAGAUGCUGCUAAAAUGUAAACUACCAUUUCAGUGUGCUCAUGGGCGUCCAUCUAUGAUCCCUCUGCUUAAUCUUCAAUAUUUUAAAAAUAGCCUUGAAAAAUCGAGAUUCCGUAAAAUAAAUCUGCGAAAACUACGAGAAAAUCUUAAAGAACAACAACAACAACAGCAGCAACAACAACAACAAGGAUUACAUCAAAAGGAGGAGAACUUAUGAUAUUUUCUUAAAAUUAGUUUGAUAUCUUUUUUUUUUCUUUCACCGAAAUUUCAGAUGGAUUUCUUUCUUCAGGAAGCUGUUUAUUUUUUUUUUGCCAUUCUAAAUUUUGAUGAUGUCAGAUAUUUUUAUUGUGAACAAAAGAGUGGUAGAAAUGGUAAGAGAAACAGACAAAUGCUUUGUCGGGUAUUUUUUAAUUGAUUUAUUUCUUUGUUUCCUUAAUGUUGUGAGUCCAAAUCUUUUUGGACAUUCUGAGUUCAAAUACUGCCAUAGCCAACUUCGCUUUCCAUUACUUUGAGGUUGAUAAAAUAUACUACUGGCCAAAGUAUUGAGGUUGAUGUAAUUAAUUAACCCCACC